AUGGUUGCUGCUCAGAGGUAUAUUGCAGACAUUAACGGCUUGAUAAGCACCAAAAAUCCACACUUUAGAAUGGUAGUUCGUGUCAUUUCAAUCUGGAAGAUGUACAUGAAGGCAGAUGAGAAAGAAAUCAAGUCGCUUGAACUCAUAUUCAUUGAUGCUCAGGGUGGAAAGAUUCAGGCUACCAUCCCUAAAAGCUUUAUGGACACUUUUAUCAACUACUUCGAAGAAGACUGUGUUCGGCAAAUAUCCUGUUUUGAUCAUGCUUUGAACAUUGUUAGUGGUUACCAUUGUUCAAAACACGAAUACAAAAUCGUGUUUGAACCUAACACCAUUGUGGAUAUUGUGGAUGCUGUUGUUGAUUUGGAUAUUCCUAACCAUGUGUUUGAAUUCACUCCUUUUGCUGAGAUUUCAAAUUUCAUUGAGAAUUUUGAUUUCUAUUUUGAUGUUAUUGGACAUGUUAUUGGUGUUAGUGAGCCGAUCAUUGAUGGGGAGAAGAAGAGGAUAUCUGUGGAGUUGGAGGAUGAAAGGUUGAAGAUCACCCUGUGGAAUGGAGAUGCUGAUGCCAUAUCAACAAUGAUGGCUGAUCAUCCAGUAAUGCUGGUAGUGCUUAUUAUGCAAUAUGUGAAGUGCAAGAAGUGGAAUUCUGAGUCAUUUCAUUUGCAUCAAAAUUAA